AUGACUCCAGCUACCACCCGGAACCGGAUGAACAUGCUAAAAGAGGCAUACCAACAGUGCCAAGACCUGGACGCGAAAAUCGUCGCCAUGGCGGAUCUACAAGCCAGAUCAACUCUUCAGUACUUCGUCGACAACCAUUUCGAAAGAUGUGAGGAGUGCUAUCAGGAGUCCCUGGACUACAUGUCGGAGAUCCUGGAUAAGACAUCCUCGACCCAGGAGACAGCAUCCGAGAAAGGGAAUCUUCAACCAGUGAAGCUACGCUCGCAAUCGUUGCUGCCUCAAAUCCAGCUGCCGUCUUUCGAUGGAACCUUCGAACAAUGGGAGAGUUUCCGAGAUAAGUUUCAAUCUAUAGUAAUUAAUGAUAAUUCUUUGUCAAAUGUUGAGCGUUUGCAUUUUCUUUGUUCCGCUUUAACCGGCGACGCAAAAAAAGCGGUUAAUCAUUUACCUACCACCGAUGCAAAUUUCGAGGUCGCGUGGCAUGACCUCUGA